CGCUGGCAGCCGGAGGUGACGCGCUCCCGGGGCGGGGCCCGGUGACGCGCCAGGGACGCGGCCGCGGCGGGGACGGGACCGGCAGGAUCAGCAUGGGGAAGCAGAAGAAGGCGCGGAAGUACGCGGUGAUGAAGCGCAUGAUCAGCCUCCGGGACGAGCGCCUUAAAGAGAAGGAUCGCGCAAAAGCCCCCGUGAAGAAGAAGGAGGACCCGAGUGCCAUCAAAGAGCGGGAGGUCCCCCAGCAUCCCUCUUGCUUGUUCUUCCAGUAUAAUACACAGCUGGGCCCUCCUUACCACAUCCUGGUUGACACUAACUUCAUCAAUUUCUCCAUCAAGGCCAAACUGGACCUAGUGCAGUCGAUGAUGGACUGUCUCUAUGCCAAAUGUAUUCCAUGUAUCACAGAUUGCGUAAUGGGUGAAAUUGAGAAGUUAGGACAGAAGUACCGUGUGGCAUUAAGAAUUGCCAAGGACCCUCGGUUUGAACGCUUGCCGUGUAUGCACAAAGGAACCUACGCCGAUGACUGCUUGGUGCAGAGGGUCACUCAGCACAAAUGUUACAUUGUGGCCACAGUGGAUAAAGAGCUCAAGCGGAGAAUACGAAAAAUCCCUGGAGUGCCCAUAAUGUAUAUUUCCAGGCACAGGUACAAUAUUGAGAGGAUGCCAGAUGAUUAUGGAGCUCCUCGAUUCUAACCUGUCCAGUCAAGCCAUCAAUGCCAGGACUGUGAGCCAGCAUAAGGGACCUUCUGAUUCUACCCUCCUCCUUUCUUCUUUUGUUGGAACUCUGCUCAUAGGACUGUGGAUAACACCAAACUGACUUCUUAACCUUGUUUUUCUAAGAAAAAGCUAUUUGGAAGAGUCUGGUUUUAUUUAUCCAUCCUCUGCCUUGGUCUGGUUACCUACAGCUGGGAGCAGCAUAUGGGAAACAGAGGGCAGCAGGACCAAGAAUAUGCCUAGCUCUGCAUCGGGACCAUUGGAAAAAGUGAUUUCAGCAUUUUGAAUUAAAUAUUGAUGAUGCAACUCUGAGAACGAAACCACAAGAGAUUUUAACGGUUCUUACUGCUGCACCUGGAGUACACCUAGGACAGGUAUUCCUUUAGGAAGCUACCUCACACCUGUUUAGUCAAAUCAGAAUCUGCAUUCUGCAGAAAAUGACAUCAGAUCUGCACCUGUUGGUGGCUUUCUCUGGAAAAGCAGUCUAGAUUUUAAUUCAGAAUUGAUAGGCUUUUAUUCAGCUGCACAGUGAAUGAAGUUUAUAUAAGUGUCCGCUCAGACUGCUCUUUCUGUACUUGGUUAGCUGGCAGCUCCGUCCUUUUGCUUACAUUUAGAGUGGUGGAGUGCAGGACAGGGUUGGGUUGGGACAAGUCUUUUGCUCCUGUUUGUUUGGGUCCUAUGCACCUCAAAGCCUUACCACUUCUGUUAUGUAUCGGGGGCCAAGAAGGGAAGUGUCUAAAGGGCAAAGGUAUUAAUGUGGGCUGGGAGCACAGUCGUUGUGGAGGAGUAAGAACAAUGGUUGCAGAUAGAGUCUUCCAGAGACCUGCAGAAUUUGCUGCAGGGAAGAGGUGGUCAGGGCAGGAGGGAGAAGAAAUUAUUAAACCACACGAAGAAAUGUAGGGGGGAAAGUAUUUCAAAGCCAUAACUUGGCUUUCUUAUAUCUCCUCCAUUUUUAGCAAUAUAUUAUAAUAUAUUAUAAUAUAAUAUAAUCAUAAUGCUGUUAUGAUCUCUGCUGUGUGGUGCAGAGAGGGUCACCAGGAGCCAACAUGCCAAAGCACACUUCCUGGCCAAAAUGCUAGAGGUGUAGUACAGGAGAAGACUGAAAAUUUAUAUUCUUGGUAUAAUUAAAAAAAUUUCCGAACCUUAGCAGAGCUUUAUCCUGUAGUCCUUUACACUGGUUUGGCUGCAGAGGUGGCCACAAAGGCCAACAGCAUCCUUGCCUGUGUCAGAAAUAGUGUGGCCAACAGGACUAGGGAAGCAAUCCUCCCCCUGUACUUGGUGCUGGUGAGGCUGCACCUUGAGUCCUGUAUUUAGUUCUGGGUCCCUCAUUACAAGACAAGACAUUGAGGUGCUGGAGUGUGUCCAGAGAAGGACAAUGGAGCUGGUGAAGGGCCUGGAGCACAAGUCUGAUGAGAAGUAACUGAGGGAGUUGAUGUUUAGUCUGGAGAAAAGAAGGCUCAGGGGAGACCUUAUCAGUCUCUACUACUACCAAGAAGGAAGGUGUAGCCAGGUGGGUGUCAGUCUCUUCUCCCAGGUAACAGGUGACAGGAUUAGAGGAAAUGGCCUCAAGUUGUGCCAUGCAAAGAUUGGAUAUUGGGAAAAAAUUCUUCACUGAAAAGGUGGUCAAGCAUUGGAGCAGGCUGCCUAGGGAAGUGGUAGAAUCCCUGGGCCUGGAAGCAUUAAAGCGUGGAUGUGGUGCUGAGAGACAUGGUUUAGUGGUGGAUUUGGCAGUGCUGUUUCAAUGGUUGGCAAUUGCUAAAGAUGUAUUAGGAGGGUUGGAGAAUGAGCAGAAGAAAGUAUUGGCAGUGAGAAAACCCAUCAGGAAAUUUUCAUUAAUUGAGUAUAAUUGGUAAGAAAAAACUUGGCUAUUAACUUGAAGAGCCUGGUCAGAAGAUAAAUAGGACAGGACAGGACCACCUGAAUGAUCAGCUGCUUCUCCUGCAAUGCCAGACAACCUGUGUACUAAACACUUGGUUCAGAGGAAAAUGUUUACUACAUGCACACAAUGGCAUCCCAGUGUCUGAUCCAAUUUACAGUAUAUGAGAGGAGGAAAGAUCAUUGUCACAGGAAAGAGUUUGGUAAACUAGAGUAUUUUGAUGUUCCCACAAAUGCAGAACUCUGUUAGUCCAAACCAGAAGAGAAAUUCCUGACUCAACUCUGGCAGUUGGUUUAAAUGUGCACGGGAGUUAGAUAUCAGGUGCUUGCAGUGUUUCUUAGUAAUUAGAGAAUUUAGCCUCCCUGCUAACAUCCUGUCUCCUGCUAUAGCCAGUUUCCAUAGCUUCAAAAGACAGAGAACAUAUGGGAGCACCACAUAAAGAAAAUCUGAAUAUAUGCAAAAAAUGGUAGGAAAUAAUUUCUACUCCUUUCUGGAGCCACCAGAAGGUUUAAGAUUACUACAGGCUUACUAGAUGAAGAAAUUUAAGCUGCUGAUCCAAGAUGUGACACUGGUUAAUUGAGGGGUAACUGAGAUGUGGUAUAAUAGUGUUUAAAAGCAGGAAGAACAUGAGCUAUUUAAAAAAAAAAUUAACCCAAACCAACAUGAUGGCACCCUUUAAUGUUACAGACUGAACAGAAUAAAGGAAUAAAAAUAACAUAUUCUGAAUAGAAGGAUAAUAGGGCAUAAUGUAAACUUAACAGGUUGGUUUUUUUGUAAGAUUGGGUAAGGCCAGUGUAUCUUGUCUGGUAGGAGUCAACUGUAGUGCAACCCAAACCAGAUUUCAAUAUUGAAGAAGCAUCUGUCAAGUUAUUUGGAAGUUAUAUUUUGGCUUCCACAAUGUAGGCUGGAAAACAAUUGUCCUGAAAACGUUUAGGUACACGUAUUCCCUCACAAGGGAAGUAACAAAUCUCUUGACAGUAUUGCAUGACCACAACAGACAGCAAAAAUAGUAGGAGAGACUUGCCUGCAGGAAAUAACUGUUAGUAAACUGAUCACAAGGGAACUUACAUACAGUGAAUAGAUCAGGAGGAUAAAUUAAAGGAUGUUUGCAACAGGAAUUCCCUAUAUUGCAAGGACAGAGUUUCAAAAGCUUAGUGAGUAAACUGGCCCAUAGAACUUGGGUAUAUAAAUGCCAAAUACAGUAUAAUGAAGAGUAGAUUCGGAGUAAAAACACAAAUGCUAUCUGAAAGUCAUAUUCACUGCAAGAGAAAUCUAAACAGACCAUCCUAAAUAGAAAAGGAUGAAUAAUAGUCUCUAAAUGAAAAGAAGGGAUACUAAAGAAUAGAAAAGACAGUUCUAUUAGUAUCAAAUUAAGAUAGUUUUCUUAAAUAUUUGCAUCUCAGUUGAAUUUAGUCAAAUAUUUUCUUGCAGAUUCAUGGUGUAUCUCCUCUGUGGAUUUCCUGAAAUUCAACAAUGAAUGAACAUAAAGUCCAGUUUUUCUACCAGAGAGAAUAAAGCUUCCCUGCCUAA